GUGAGUGUCGGUUAAUUUUCAAACGCUGGAAUGAGACGCCCUUCUCUCUGUAAUCCGCAGUGAAAUAGUUCUGGCCUUUCAUCCCAUUCCUUCAAACGAGUGUGAGAAUUAAAGAGAACAAAAAUCACCCUCUUUGGGAAAUCUUCAAGCAGUUGUUUGGCACUGCUUAAAUCAGUCACCCAAUUUGACUUGAUGGGAAACAUAAUCGCCUCAUUCUUUUCGGGACUUGCUCAUGUCAUUGGGAACUUAUUUGGUUCUCCACUCGAUUUUCUUGCUGGAAAGUCUUGCAGUUCAGUAUGUGGAUCGACAUGGGAUUUCAUAUGCUAUAUCGACAAUUUCUGCAUUGCCAAUCUGCUCAAGUUGGCCGCGGUAUCAGCUCUAUUCUACUUUGUUCUCUUAUUCUUCUAUCUUUUAUACAAAUUGGGCAUUUGCCAAUGCGUUGGCCGGACACUCUGCAAAUCAACAUGGGCAUUUUUCGCUAUCUACUUCUCCGUGUGUGACUACUGCUGCACUUUCCUUUGUUACAAGCUUCGAAUGCUUAAGCAAAUACACCGGAAACACAGAAGGCGUGCCAGAGAGUUUGACACAGGCACUAGUGAACAAGGAAGCUUUUCUUCACAUCACCGUUUAUCUAGACACGUGAAGGACAGAAGAAGAUCACUAAGGGACUACAGAGGAGACCAUUUGAGGAGGUCUUUGAGGCCUAGGAGUCACCGGAUUCGGGUAGGGAUCAGUGGGGACUCAGUUUAUGUGAACAAGAGAAAUCCCAUUAGGCAUGGCCAUCACGGCAGCACAGUUCAUGACAUUAGAGUGACUAAGACAUCCAAAUUCGCGCACAAAAGUGCUAAUCACAGUGGCGCCACUCACAGGGGGAGAAAGCGGCUAAGGGUGCCAUGAGGAUCCAUUGUAGAAAUUCUUUCAUCUGUGUGAUAUUUGAGUGGAACGUUGUGUGAAAGUACAAGUUCUGGUAAUUGAUUCACAAUCUUCAGCUCUUUCUUUGGUCCAUUUAAGUAGCAUAAUUUUUGUUUGGGACCAAUUCAAAAGUCAUCUUGUUGCUUCCAUUGUGUUCCUAAUUAAAAUAUUUAAUGAAUAAAUUGCACAGCUAACAGUUUUGAAACAAAAUUGUGUAAAUAAUAUGUUACAUAAUCAAGGAUAUGGUUAUGUU